GUGACUGAAUAAAAAUGAUGCCUGACAAAUCAAGCUAAUAAUAACUCAAAGUCACAACGAACAUCAACGAUUAGAAAGAAUUUUCAGCUAAAAUAAAUGGGACAUCAUCCACAAUUCGGAAAUCUUUAUUAUUUAAGGAACAUAAUUAGCUACAGACUAUCGCCGUACCAUUUAAAAUCAUAUCCCGCGCUCAAUGUAAAAAAAAUCAUUCGAAGAAUACGGGAGCAAAUUCCUUAUAUAGGGCCACCUUUUGCAACUUUGCUUUCCUUGAUGUAUAUUCUACCACAAGUGCAUGACAAAUUACAAAGGAAAGUGCCGGGACAAUUCGACAAUGAAGAAAUACCAGCUGAUGAAUGCAAGAAGGAGGAGAAAACGGAGGAAGUGAAGAAAGAAGAGGAGAAACCAGAAGAGUGCCCUCAAGAAGAGGAGAAAUCAGAAGAGUGCCCUCAAGAAGAGGAGCAAGAAAAAGAAGAAUGUGACUAAUAUUAUAUUAGACUGGCGUAUUAUACAUAAUAUAUUUUUAUUUAAAUAAGAUUGUUUUUUAUA